GGGGCGGGGACAGAAAGAAGAAGACGACACCGGAAAAAAAGAAAUCGUAUUGAACAAGACCAGGAAGAAGGACAGAGACGUGCAAGUAAAGGUGAGUCAAGAUGGGGGCUUUUGCUAGCCUGAUGAAAGGUAUGUUUGGUAGUAAAGAGAUGAGGAUCCUGAUGGUAGGACUGGAUGCUGCUGGAAAGACAACCGUGCUGUAUAAACUGAAACUUGGAGAAGUUGUUACAACGAUCCCUACUAUUGGUUUUAAUGUUGAAACGGUAGAAUACAAGAACAUCAAUUUCACAGUGUGGGAUGUUGGUGGUCAGGACAAGAUCAGGCCGCUCUGGAGACAUUACUUCCAAAACACACAAGCCGUUGUCUUUGUAGUGGACAGUAAUGACAGGGAGCGACUUGGUGAGGCGAAGGAGGAGCUGAUGCGGAUGCUGGCUGAAGAUGAACUGGCAGAUGCAAAGCUGCUUGUUUUUGCUAACAAACAGGACCUUCCCAAUGCCAUGAAUGCAGCUGAGAUCACAGACAAACUGGCCCUACACACCCUGUGCAAUCGCACCUGGUUUAUCCAGGCAACAUGCGCCACUACUGGAGAUGGUAUCUACGAGGGUCUCAACUGGCUUGCAACGACGAUAAAGAAAAAAAAAUGAAUCACCAUUCCAUCUCCUGUCAGUCCUCUUUGUUUGUCUGCAGUUUAAUAGGAGACUGCUCUUAUUUUCAACUUUUCUGUCCUAUACUAAAGCGCUGGAUGUUUUUACCACUGCUCCCCUGCAUUGAUUUUUUUAGAGGGGUGAAUGUGAGUCACAGCAGCCAUGUUCACCUUAACCCCUUACUCUGAUCUUCUGAUGUCCCACAGCACAAAAAGAAAAUCUAAGAAGGACAGAUAUGUGUAUCCAUUUGUUGAUUAGUUUAUUCUGUUUUAAAAUCUAAUUCAGACCCCCUUCUUAAAGUUAUUGGGUCUAGAAAAGUCGGUAAAUGUUACUUGGUAUGUUUGCACAUACAGUAUGAAGGUAAAUUGUGUGAGCUUGUGUUGUUCAGUUCCAUUGGGUGACUGGUGAGGCCCUGAACCAUUAUAAGAAUUUCAUUGAAAAUUGCAAAGUGGACUAGUGCAAUUUCCAAAUCGCCAGAGGUGCAAUAAUUGUUCAAAACAAAAUAUGUAGACAAUUCUGAACUAAGUUUUGUAUUGUUACAGAAGUCCUAUCCUACAUAUCAUACUCUAAGGACUUUGUUUGGUACAGCCUCUUGCAAAAGAAAUCACGCCAUGAUUAUUUAAAAAUAUUUUUCAUCUGAUUAGAUUAAAUUAUGUUAUCUAAUCUAAUCUAAUCCAUGUAAUUAAGCAAAAAUGAUGCAAAAGUGAUCAUUUUCUCUACUAUUGUGAACUACAUCACAACUGCAUUAUCAAUCAUACUCAAAACAUUUUUAAACGUUGACUUAAUAAAUGUAUUAUGUAUACAGAUAAUACAUAAUUGUAUAAGGUUAGUUGAAAGCAAUAAUAUUAAGUUAAAAUAAAAAACAAUAGGUUAAACUUAACAUUAUUGUUUUCAACUAACCUAAUACAAUCAUGUGUCAUCUGUUGACAUAAUACAUCUAAGUAAAGUCGCUUUAUAAGAUAUUCUUCCAAAUCAUUCACAUGGUGUCUUUCACUCUGUUUUCAUGUUUCUGUUGUUACUGCUGUUGCACGCACAACCUGGUUUACUUGACAGCUAGUUACAGGUGUGCAGUCUUUUGAUGAAAAUACUCUCGGGACCAAUUAAUGAUUGACCUAAUCAGUGUUCUAACGGAGUAACGAAUCAACUGUCUUUGGGUUUUCUUUGUCUUUACUCCAGGUAUUUCUGAAAUGUAUGUAGAGUACAUACCCUGAUAUGGUGUACAACUAAAAAUAGGAACGUGUAUUAUAUAAUGUAAUAAAAUGUUUUUUAACUUGA